GACAUCCUGAAGCUGCGGGAGGAGGUGAACGGGCUGACGGUGAAGAGCGCCUCCCACGAGGUGGACAUCCAAAAGAACAGCGAUGCCGUCCGCAAGAUGGAGAAGCAGCGCAACAUGGAUGAGCAGAACUGGAAGGCCCAAAUGGACGCCGUCCACGAUGUGUUGGACACCAAGGUCAACGAGAAGCCCUUCGAAGAUCUGAAGCACUGCACCGCCGCGCUCACGAGGGGUGUCGUGAAGUUUGCCCAAGUCGUGGGUGUCUUCCCGGGACCGAAGUUCGAUGAUGCCGAAGGGGCAGACCAGGGCGAGGCAGACGUGGAGCUCUUGGGAUGGGAGGAGUGUGCCGAGAACAUGUCCUUCCGCGUGGACAAGGCCUGGCGCCAGCGCUGUUCUCAGCGUUUCCGCAACGUUCUGGACAUGGUGGCCAAGAAGGCAGAUCACAGCGUGCUUCGCCUCCUGCAGAUCUCACAGCAGCACAUCGAAUCCCAGUUGGAGCGCGUGAAGCACGAGCGCGAGCUUUGGAAGGAAGUCGUCGAGCGUCGUCAGCAGCAGCCCCUCCAGCUGGCUUUGUCGAUGAAGGAGCAAACUGCUGCUCCUGGCGGUGGAUCGUAG